AUGCAAGGUACUGUAGAACAUCCGACAGUCAAAUUAGAACACGCCAAAUGGAUUCGGAAUAUCCAAACCGCUUUCAGCAAAGAUAAAAUCGCCAAGUUCAAGAUGUUAACUGAAGCUUAUAAGGAGUGGUGUAUCGACAAUGAAACCCAAAGACGUGAUGCUGGAGUGAAUGAAUAUGAAUUUGAUUCUGAUGAGGAUAGUGGAGAAGGAAAUGAGAUAGCCACCAAACCAAAAAGCUCAUCUUCAACAAAGAAAGAAACAAAUACUCACAUGAAGCUAGGAGUGCAAUUGAGACACAAUAUGGUUCGGCUAUCAGAAUAUUGGAACAAUGUUAUGAUUAAUAAAAAUAUACAUGUACCAGUUACUAUUUUCUCUACUGCUUGGUUACUUGAAGACUCUACUUAUAUGAAAACUAAACGUACAAAGACGGUCAGUUGUACCUCGGAUACGAUUUCGUAUGUCGGAUUGAAGGUACCAAACGAGUACCGACUCAGCAGAGCGGAAUGGUCUACAAGAUUCAAUCUAAUGGUGAAAUAUCAAAAGUUGGAAUAUGAUACUUUAGAUAGUCAGAAAGGAUUUCCAAUUGCACCUCGACUAGUAGCACAUAAAGAGAACGUACUUCAAAUACAAGAAGAUAAUUUCGGUAUGUGGAUGCCAGCGAUGAGGUACGAUAUCGCACAUCGUCAAAAUGUUUGGGAGCACCGGAUGCCAGACGGAUCAAUGGCAGAUGUGGGGACCUUAAACACAAUCUUAGUGGCGCAAGCAGUUAGAGACGCGAAACAUCGAGGAGAGGAUGUUUUCGGCGAUAAUCCUUAUAUCCUCGGAGGGGAAUGGCAACACGUCAAUCCAGUAACUGGGAGAACACAUCCGGCUGAUAAACCUUGGGAUGACGAAGCCUUUAGUGGAGAGUCUCAAGCAGCGAUGUUAACGGGUAGAUUAGUUUCUCACCUAGCAACACCAGUGAUACCAACACUUCCUGAUACACGAGUAGGGUUUGUCAAUACGUUGAAGUCUAACUCAUCAGCUCACCCAUGGUUCAAAGGGAAAGUGUUUGAUCCAAAUUAUGUGAAGCCGGCUCAACAGAAUCAAAAUCAGAGAGGUUUUAAUACCUUCAAUCAUAAUUCUAGACCACACCCUUACCAUCCACCUUAUGCUAGUAGUCAGAACGCUAGAGGUGGCGGAUAUGGAAAUAAUAAUUACAACCAGAAUGCUGGUAGUGGGUACGGGUUCCCACAAAGUAGUGGUAGCGGGUAUGGUGGAUAUGGUGGAUAUGGUGGGUCAUCUGGGUCGGGAAGUAGUUAUGGCGGAGGUGGCAACGUCGGAGGCCCCGCUCGUCCUCAAAUUGGCCCUGGUAGCUUCACGAGAGGGAUGGGAAGUAGUAGAGGAGGAAAUGAAUCUGGACCGAGUAAAAAUACCAACACAUCAAAGUAA